AAAAAAUGAAAAAAGCCAGGUGUCACCGUCGUAGAGAACGGUGAGGACGGCCGAGUAAUUACUCACCACCAGUCACAAAAUCCACGUGUGACUCCUUAAUUAACCAUAUAUUGCCACGUCUUCCUUCUUCUCCCUCCCGCCAUUCUCGCCCUCCCUCUCUCUGUUGUCUAAUUCUUACCCUUUCUUUCACCCCCCAAAAUCUUCAACUACAAUCUUCUUCAUUACCCAAAACUCAAUUAAUUAAUUAAUUAAUUGAGGAUCAUACUUACACAAUUAAUUAAUUACCAUUACCAAUGUCAUCAUCUUCUACAAGAGAACCACCACCCGGAAUCAAAUUAAUACGAAACAAAGAAUGGAACCUUCAAACAUACCGUUACAUGGUUUUACUAAUAACAUUCAUAGCCUACGUUUGUUACCACGCUUCACGUAAACCCACCGGAAUUGUCAAAAGCGUUCUAUGUCCACCCAACAAAACCCACGGGUGGGCCCCAUUCAAUACCCCAGAAGGUGUCUCCAAACUCGGAGAAAUCGAUGUUGCAUUUCUUGCAUGUUACUCUAUCGGCAUGUACGUUGCAGGUCACUUAGGUGAUUCGUUAGACCUACGUUUGUUUCUUACGACGGGUAUGAUUGGGAGUGGAAUCUUUGUUGGUCUUUUUGGUAUGGGUUUUUUUUGGAAUGUUCAUGAGUUUUGGUUUUUUUUGGUUAUGCAAAUGAUUGCUGGGUUGUUUCAAGCGACGGGUUGGCCGUCGGUCGUCGCCGUUAUCGGUAACUGGUUUGGGAAGAGGAAGAGAGGUUUGAUAAUGGGUAUUUGGAAUGCACAUACUUCUGUUGGGAAUAUUAGUGGUUCUCUUCUUGCUGCUAGUGUUUUGGAUUAUGGUUGGGGUUGGUCUUUUGUUUCUCUUGGUGGGUUGAUUAUGUUUGGUGGGGUUAUUGUGUUUUUUUUCUUACCUGCUUAUCCUGAGGAUGUUGGGUUUUCUUGUAUUCAUGGUGAUGAAGAGGCUCAGGUUGUUAAAACUGUUGGUGGUGAUGGUGUGGUGGUUGAAGGAGAGAGGGAGAGUGGAAGUGGAAAGGGUGGUGAUGGGAGAGGGAAGAGUAUUGGGUUACUUGAAGCUUGUAUGAUACCAGGGGUUAUUACUUUUGCUUUGUGUCUUUUCUUUGCUAAGCUUGUUGCUUAUACUUUUCUUUAUUGGUUGCCGUUUUACUUGACUCAAACAGAAAUCGGCGGGAAGUAUCUGUCUGUUAAAUCUGCCGGGAACCUUUCAACCUUGUUCGAUGUGGGUGGUAUUUUUGGGGGAAUACUUGCUGGCUACAUGUCUGAUAAACUCAGUGCCCGUGCUAUAACCGCAGGCAGCUUCAUGUAUGCAGCAAUUCCUGCUAUGCUUUUAUACCGAUCAUACGGUAGUGUUUCUAUGCAUGUCAACAUUGGACUUAUGUUCAUAACUGGAUUAUUCGUAAACGGGCCUUAUGCACUUAUUACUACUGCCGUCUCUGCUGACUUGGGUACACAUAAAUCUCUCAAAGGCGAUUCUCGUGCUCUUGCCACGGUGACUGCUAUCAUAGACGGUACUGGAUCAGUUGGUGCAGCUAUUGGACCUCUUCUUACAGGUUUCUUGUCAACAAGGGGAUGGGAUGAAGUUUUCAUGAUGCUAGUUUUGGGUGCUUUUAUUGCUGGCCUUCUUCUGUCACGUUUGAUCUUAGCCGAAAUUGCGGAGAAAACUGGCAAAACUAUGUCUAAUAGUAAUGGACAGCAAACUCCUGGAGAUGCUGCAUCUCAACCGCUUCUGGAAGAAGAAAGGUGACUGUAAUCGAGACAUCAUGAAUAAGUCAAAAUAUAAUGCUUGGUACUUGGCUCGGCUUGUUAUUAUGUAUGAGAAAGUUGUAAGAUUCUGUUAAUGUUCCAUGAAUUUAGCUUGCUGCAGCCACUUCAUUGUUCUUAUUUUCAAUGAAGAUGAUAUAUGUCUCUGCUGAUAAAGUCAACAAGUAUUACAUCCAUUUAGUUGUCUAUGGUAUACUCUAGAGGGUUCCAGAUGGAUUCAUGGCUUCACACUCACAUUCAAAGAGUCAUCGUUUUCAAUUUUGCCUGCAGCAGGUUAGGUAUACAACUAAGUUUUUAUCUUGAUCAUAAUCCAAAUCCUCUCCAGCCAUCUCAAAUCUUGUUGAGAUUUAGAAGAAAAAGGUUCCUCAAUUAGACUUGUAUAUACAAAUAACUAGAUAAUUGUCGGUACAUACUAGCCUAUGAUACAUGUGUUUUUUACUUUCGUUCCUUUGUUUUGUUGGUCGAUCCUGCUUAAUGUUUGAGCAGUGUUUAGACAGUCAUUUUUGUUGUCUUCAUUUUAGGUACUUUUCUCAGAUAAAAAAUAAAUACGAGUAAACUACCUUCAAUAA